GUAUUAAAUACCAACUAUCGAUCAUUCAGCCAUUGUCUUUGGCUGCCAUUGUGCUCACUUGUUGCUCAGCAGUCUUACUGCAAUGUCUGUCGUCUCUUUUUCUCUUCUACGUCUUUCUAAAAAGGCACUGGAUAAUGUAACGAAGCACUUGAAAUACAUUAAAAUAAUCGGACUAACCACGCUCUCCAAGAAGACGUCAAGGUUGUUUAGACUCAAUUACAAGGAGGCUCGAAUUUUUAUUGAUAUUACUGAAACAAUUAAUAUUUCAAUUCGAGAUCCAUCGAAACAUAUAACAAGAAAGUUAUUGAAUGACGGCGUAGCCAAUCUACAUGACUAUCGGUAUAUGGGACCAACAUGGACUGCUGAAUGGGUUUUAAAACAUUUCGGAAUACGGGAUUGGAUGGUUCUCGUUAAACAGCUGACUGGCCAGGAAGAAAUUGAGAAGCUUUGUUUUAGAAAAAACCACCAAAACUACUCAAUCGAUGAAUUCAAGAAGUUUUUCGAAGGAUUCAAAGUAUCAUGUUUAUCAAUUAUUGAUCCAUCAUUUAACUCUCAUGGUUUGAUUCCCUGCUUUUCCCCUGAAAAAGUGAUGCACUUGACUAUCGAAAAAGCUUCUAACUAAUCGAUUCUCGCAGCAAACUUCGAAACCCUAGAUAUUCACGAUGAUAGCACUUACACACUGAACGAUGUAUUGGUAAUGAAUAGCCCGAAUAU